AUGUUGAUCCGCUCGGCCUCAGCGCAUGACCCGGACUCCGUAUACAAGGUGCCGCUUCUAUCCUGCGAGCCGACGGACAGUCCAGCACCUUUCGAAAAGAUGUCUGUAUCAGCUACGACUACCAGUAUAAAUCCCGAUAUCUCUCCGAUAGAGGAUAAGAAUGUUCAACCGGGAGUCGAGUUAGAAGAGCUCAACAAGACAUGCGACGAAAAUCAAAAGCAGACCAGCGACUCAACCGGGACCGAUAGUCUUUACGAGAAGAGGCACACCAUUGAACAGAGUGGAUCGCAUACACAGCCCAAGAACUACGCCUUUUCCUUCCAGGAUCACCCUCUAUUUCCGCCGUUGCCCUCGUACGGGCCCCCUUCCUUCGUGUUUACCAUAAAGUGCUUGGUGCUGCAAUGCGUGUCGUUUCUGCUAUCGCUGCUGUUUCUGGGCGCCGUCGUUGUUGGGGCACUUGUGUGCAGGACUCGACUCGCAGUUUCCCAUGUCAAAAUCCGUCUCCGAGGCCAGGAUCCCAAUGAGCAACGGGCCUUCUACGAGGAGGAACGGGCGCGGGAGUUGGAGAGGCAGAAAAAUUUGCAGCAGUGGAAGCGUCGACAGGAGAAAAAGGAAGUUGACGAAGAAGCUCCCGAUGAGUGUUCCCCUCUAGAAGGUGGGAAGGAUCCGAUCAUAUGCGACGUGGCGUACUACGCCAGAAGGGUCGGCCUUGACGUGGAGACGUUCCGGGUCCAGACGGAAGAUGGAUUCAUAAUCACUCUAUGGCAUGUUUAUAAUCCACAGGAGUACAUGCCCUUACCUGCAGAUGCGAGGGCUCCUCGCGGACCGGGGGUGUUCACGGGAAAGAAGGACCCUGGGCUUUCUUCACGGUCGAAUCGCAAAUAUCCCAUUCUUCUCAUGCACGGGUUACUGCAGUGCGCGGGUGCGUACUGCACGAACGACGAGGACAGUCUUGCCUUUUACCUUUGCAAGUCUGGGUACGAUGUCUGGCUGGGUAAUAACCGCUGCGGACUUACCCCCGAACACACGACAUUGUCUACGUCGGAUCCUCGGAUGUGGACGUGGAAUAUCCGACACAUGGGCGUGCUGGACCUUUCGGCUCUUGUAUCGCGGGUUUUGUAUGAGACCGGUUUCGAGAAACUAGGUCUUGUAUGCCAUUCGCAAGGAACGACACAAACGUUUGUGGCACUGGCGAAAGAUCAACGACCCGAACUAGGGGAGCGUAUAUCGGUUUUUUGUGCUCUGGCUCCAGCAGCAUAUGCCGGGCCAUUGGUCGAGAGGAGUUAUUUCCGUUUCAUGCGGAUUAUCUCCCCUAACAUCUUUCGCAUCGUAUUCGGCAUUCAUGCUUUUAUUCCCUUCAUGAUGACAGUCCACCAAUAUCUUCAUCCGAAGAUCUAUGGUACAUUGGGUUACUACGUGUUCUCGUACCUCUUCGGCUGGAGCGACACCCGUUGGGACCGCGGUCUUCGGGAUCGUAUGUUCCAGUUCGCUCCAGUCUACGUCAGUGCCGAGACAAUGCGAUGGUGGUUGGGCCGUGAAUGCUUCGCCACACAGAAGUGUAUCUUGGCCACACGCGAGGUCGGCCUUCUUGAGGCGGAAGAGGAUCAUCGCUUUGAGAAGGGUAUCGAUGGUGGGGCCCCUCGGAGUGAUACCGCAUGGUACGGGCCCCAGGUUCCCCCAAUGGCUCUAUGGGUCGCGGGAGCCGACAAUCUAGUCGAUGGCAGAAAAUUGCUUCAGCGGUUUCGCAAUGGACGUGAGCCCCAUGUGCAUGUUGUCCACGAGAAGGUUAUCGAGGAGUAUGAGCAUCUCGAUGUCUUAUGGGCCAUGGACGUCAUCGAGCAGGUGGGAAAGGAGGUACGACAGGUCCUCUGGGCGACGAUGCCGGAUGAUGCCCGCGCCGUGUGUCAGGUGCCGAAGGGUGUGCAGUAA